UUUCAAUUCGGAAAUACCAGUGCUGAGCGCCCAGCUAGGAGGGACAAAGCAGGAUCCGGCCAGGCACUCUCUCAAUCCAGAAAAGCCAGGGUCCGGGAGGGGAAAGCGCGAGGUUUCUUCGGAGCACCGCCCCCUCCUCCCCCUUGGCCAGCGGUAUAAAAGGACCCAUGAAGCCCUGGUGCCAGUCUUGGCCGCGAUCCUUGGCACCAGCUCCCCCGCUGCACCUCCGCCUGCGAUGGCUCCCGGCGCCGCUGGUGCCGCGCGGCUUGCGCUCCUGGCCCUGCUCUGGACUCUGCUGCCCGGGCCUGGAGGUGCUGGAACAUCAAUACAUCCUUCAGAAGCCAUCAUACCCCGAGGAGGCUCUCUGAGGGUGAACUGCAGUAUCUCCUGUGACCAAAAGGCAAUUUUGAGCCUAGAGGCUGAAUCAACCAAGAAGGUAGUGGACCGUAGGAACAACUGGAAGGUUUUUGAACUGAGUGAUGUGCAAGAAGACCACAUGCUGUUGUGCAUCUCAAUGUGUCACAGUGAAGUGACGAUGGCUUCGAUGGACCUCACCGUAUACUAAGUUUCCGUCCCUGGCUGGGAAACUAUGAUCCCACUUGCCAAAGGGCAAAUAAGUCCAAGCACCACAUCUACUGACGCUGAGCACUCUGGAUCCCGCCCACCUAACUAGAGAGAAGCCUGGUUUGCCGCAGGGAAGAGCCUUCUUGCUUCAAGGAAGGAUCUGGCAUGCUGCAAUGAGAUCCCGCACACAUCAGGGUUCCCAGAGUGCAUGGAGCUGGCUCCCCUGCCCCUCUGGCAGCUUGUGGGUGAAGAACUCAACCUGAGCUGCCUGGUGUCUGGCAGGGCCCCCCGGGACCACCUCUCCGUGGUGUUGCUCCGAGGGGAGGAGGAGCUGGGCCGGCAGCCCAUGGGAAAGGGGGAGCCCGACGAGGUCAUGUUCACAGUGCAGCCGAGAAGAGAGGACCAUGGCACCAAUUUCUCUUGCCGCUGGGAACUGGACCUGCGGUCACAAGGGCUGGAACUCUUUCAGAACACCUCGGCCCCCAGGAAGCUCCAGACCUAUGUCCUGCCAUCGACCGACCCGCAGCUUGAGGCUCCCCUGGUUGUGGAAGUAGGUUCACGGUGGCCGGUGAAGGGCACGCUGGAUGGACUAUUCCCAGCCUGGGACGCUGAGGUCUACGUCGUGCUGGGGGACAAGAGGCUGGAAACCAUCAUCACGUACCAUGAAUACUCCGUCUUGGCUGAGGCCUGGAUCGAGGGAAACGAGGAGGAAGAGGGCACCCAUUCCUUGAAGUGUUCAGUGAGUCUGGGGAAUGAGAUCCGGAAGACGCGAGAGAGCGUGAUCUUCUACAGCUUCCAGGCUCUCUCCCGGACCUUGAGCCACCCGAGGUCUCAGGAUGGACCACAGUGACCAUGGAGUGUGAGGCCCGUGCUGCAAAUGUGGUGACGCUGAACGGAGCCCCGGCUGGGCCUCUGGGCCCGAGGGCCCAUUUGCAGAUCACCCCCAGUGCCCAGGACAAUGGACACGGUCUCUCCUGCUCUGCUGAACUGGAGGUGGCUGGGCUGGUGGUCCAGAAACACCAGACCCUGGAGCUCCGUGUCCUGUAAGGCCCCCAACUAGACCAGCGGGUUUGCCUGGGAAACUGGAUGUGGCAGGAAGGCUCGGAGCAGACCCUGAAGUGCGAGCCCCGGGGGAACCCAAUCCCCAAGCUGAACUGUAGCCGGAAAGGGGACGGGGCUUCGCUGCCCAUCGGGGACCUGAGGCCCGUCAGGCGGGAGGUGACGGGCACCUACCUGUGUCGGGCCACCAGCGCUCCUGGUGGAGUCACCCGGGAAGUGGUCGUGAACAUGCUCUGUGGUGCUGGAGACACUCACCAGGAGGACAGGAUUCUGCAUUUGUCUUUCCGUUUCUGAGGACUACAACUGAUCAAGAGGUUCACAUGCCAUCCACCUGAUCCUACCUUUGGGAACUCUCUGACUGUUCCCUAAUGAUUUGCUCCUCCAGGAACAGUUGCUUGGACCUGUCAUUUCAUUAGCCAUCUUUGAAGGGUUUCUAAUCCAUCUCUCCAUCCUCACACUCUCUACAUCUUUCUCAUGUAUCUAUGAAGCAAGUAUCUACUUCCUCAAAUUCAGACAUCCGACAUCUACUACCUUUCCGUAAGCAUCCUGUCCGAGUAUAGUUAAAUCUGUCUUUGAAAGGCAAAUGGAGAUGGGUAGGUGUGACUCAUUGUCAGCAGCAUUUUGUGAUGUUAGUUUUAAGAGUGCAUAUUCUAAAGUGAAAAGCAAAAACAAACAGAUUUGAAUCUCAACUCCAACACUUGACACUCCAAGUAGACUCACAAAUCGCCUGACAAGUCUCCGCUGGUUUCAUCGUCUGUAAAAUGGUAUGUUCAUAAUCCCAACCUCGAAUGCAAAAUGGCCCCGCCACUUUGGAAAACAGUUUAGCAGUUUCUCGGAAAGACAAAGCUAAACUUACAAUGUGGCCUAGAAAUUUGUCUCCAGCUAUCUACCCAAGAGAAAUGAACAGGUAUGUCCACACAGAGACUUGCCCGUGCAUAUGUACAGCAGCAUUUUUCGUAAUAGUCCUGAAGUGAAAACAACUCAGAUGUCCAUCAGCUGCUGAUGAAUGGAUCAACACAAUCUGGUUCAUCCAUAUGAUGGAGUAUGACUCAGCAAGAAAAAGGAACAAAAUGCUGACACAUACUAACAUGAUGGAACUCAAUUAUGCUUAGUGAAAGAAGUCAGACACAAAAUAAUGUAAGUUGUAUGACCCGUUCUAUAAAAGGUCCAUAAGAGACAGAUCUAUAGAGACAGAAAGUAGGCUGGUGACUGCCUAGGGUUGAAGGGCAGGAAUGGGGAUUAACUGGAACCAGGCCUGAGGGUUCUUGGAGUGAUGUAAGUGUUUCAAAAGUGGAUAGCGAUGACAGUCACACUACUUGGCAAGUUCACUAAGGAAAUAUUGAUUUCUGUUCUUAAAAUGGGUGACAAUUUUGUGGCCUCUAAAUUUUGCUUCAGUAAGCUUAUUUAAUGGAGAAGGUGAUGGCACCCCACUCCAGUACUCUUGCCUGGAAAACCCCAUGGACGGAGGAGCCUGGUGGGCUGCAGUCCAUGGGGUCGUGAAGAGUUGGACACGACUAGGCGGCU